ACGCUCCGGGCGCGGGCUGCAGAUGUCGGACCGGCAGGCGGCUGAGGGGCUGGGCUUCUGGAGCCCCGCAGCGCGUCCGGGGUCGGCCGGCGGUGUUGGAAGAGACGGCCUGGGAGAGCAGGGGAGCCGGGCGGCGGGCUCAGAUAACGAAGAUCUGGACAACGCCAAGGCCACCACUCUGCUGGCCUCUGUUUCGGAUCCAGAACCCCAUUCCUCCCCUGACAGGCUGCAGAUGGUGUCGCCGGGGAGCAAGGAUGCCAAGGAAGACCUGCGGAAAGACGCCAGCACCUUGGAGGCUCAAGCCUUGGUGGACCAGGAUUCGCUGCCGGCAGACCAGGCCCAGGUCCUCCACGAGAGUCCUGUCGUACAGAUGGCCAAGUACCAAGUACCAAAAAGGUCUGGGGACAUGGUUAUGAUCCAGUCGGAGCACACGGGAGCCAUCGAUGUGCUUUCAGCUGACUUGGAAUCUGCAGACCUUCUUGGCGACCACAGAAAAGUCUCCCCGCCUCUGAUGGCGCCUCCGUGCAUCUGGACAUUUGCCAAGGUGAAGGAAUUCAAGAGCAAGCUAGGCAAAGAAAAGAACAGCCGGCUGGUGGUGAAGCGGGGAGAGGUGGUGACCAUCCGGGUGCCCACCCACCCAGAGGGAAAGCGUGUCUGCUGGGAGUUUGCAACCGACGACUACGACAUUGGCUUUGGAGUGUACUUUGACUGGACGCCCGUCACCAGCACUGACAUCACCGUGCAGGUCAGCGAUUCCAGUGAGGAUGAGGAUGAAGAAGAGGAGGAGGAGGAAGAGAUUGAAGAGCCUGUCCCAGCUGGAGAUGUGGAGAGGGGUUCAAGGAGCUCCCUGAGGGGCCGCUAUGGGGAGGUCAUGCCUGUGUACCGGCGGGACAGCCACCGGGACGUGCAAGCUGGCAGCCAUGACUACCCCGGCGAAGGCAUCUACCUGCUCAAGUUUGACAACUCCUACUCGCUGCUGCGCAACAAGACUCUCUACUUCCACGUGUACUACACCAGCUGAAGGGCCGGCCAGGGGGCGGGCUGUUACUUGCUGGCUGAAGCAGGCUGCCAGCCGGGGCCUCUUGCUUUGGAUGGGCAGGAGCUCAAAGUUCAGUGGGAGGCUCCAGAGCCUCUCUCCCUGCCUGGCAUGCCUGACUGUCGACCCCACGUAGCUUCUUCCCUUCCUGGCUGGCUUCUGCAGGUGGUGGUGUGGUGCCCCUGUGCUGUGGUCCCUGACGCGCGCUCUCUUUGCUUCAGACUCCAGCAGAAUCCCUCUGAGAAAGCACCUACCAGGCGAAAGCCUCCAAGGAAGUAGGUUGUCGUCUUUUAAAACUACCUUUGUUUCGGUACAAGGUUUAUCAUCCAGAUGCUGCUCUCGUGAGCCCGUAUCGCCGAUGCUUUCGUGGCGCCCAGUCUUUUUACUUUGGGAGGUGCCAGAAGAGGGAAAAGCACAUUGUCCAGGAAGGAGUCCAGUGUCUUGGAUGGAGCACGCUCCGUCCAGCCUCUCACCACUGCCAUAUUCCCGCCUGCUGGGCAUUCCUGGUCUCCGGCGCAGGCUGUGAGAGCCCACUGCCUUUGGAGGGACAGCAUGGUUCCUAAUGGUUGCCCUCCUCCUUUCCGCCCAGUCCUCGGCGCGUGUUUCUGCCCUUUCGGCAAGAACUUUUGUUCAAUCUAGGUGGUGUUCUGUGUGACCUGAGAUCUUCCAGCGCGAAAGCUGCCUCUGGCACUUCCUGUCCUGGGAGCUGCUCUCCCUCCCAAGGCCACUGGUGACCCGAGCAGGAAGGUACUGAAAUGAUCUCAGAACCCAGCUGUUUGAAAGUCAGGUGUUGUCAUUUUUUUUUCUUUUAUAAAAGAAGAAGGGAUGUCAUCUGAGAGAGAAGGUUAAAAAUAAAAAACGCCAUCUUAUUCCCCACCACCCUUUCCUUCUCUGUUCAGAGUAGAAGUGUCACUGAGAAAUUUGGCUUUGCAGUCAAAUGCGGUGAAACCCAUCAGGUUUCCCAAGUUGUUUAAAGCUUUUGAGGUUCAAAGUCUCUUAGCAAAAGUGAUAACGAAGCUCCUGUGUUGCUGCUGAUCGUGUUUGUUCUUGACCAACCAAAGCUUGUGUUUCCCUGGCGACGGCUUUUCCCGCUGGCCCAGGAGUGCACGGAGUGCAGGUGGUGCCGGUGUGGGGGCCUCCAGAGGAGGAGAAGGAGAUGCGGUGGGACCCCGGCAGGCAGCUGUGCCUCCACCUCUCUUUCUCUUUGUGUUAAGUCUGUUGCUGCCUCCAAAUCCUGAGGCAUAGCUAGAUUUAUUUAUUACCAUAUUUAUUUUUGUUAAGCACAUUUCAUUUUGCAUUUGGAACAGUUCCCAUCUGUUUCUCAGAAGGCUUCCCACCUGUUCUGAGCCACAGGGCCACCUUUGUGUGGAGUUAAAGGAGGAUUUGAGAAGGCAGGCCAUUGCAUUCCUGCAGGUCAGUCCGGGAUCCGUGGGGGAGGAGCUGCAGCGCCCUCCCCGUUUGGGGAACAGCCCAGCGCUCCCCACACGGCAUCCUGCUGGGGAUGGAGCACCGAGGAACCCAGGCUUCCUGCCCUUUGUCCCCUCUGACUUGCCCUUCCCCUCAGCUGGCUCCUUCACGUGUGGAGGCCUCACCCAAGCCUCUCCCUGUGGGAGCAGAGCCCCUCCCAGUAGCUCUGUGGUAGCCACUGCUCCCGUGCCCGCUCUCCCCUGGGAGCAAAGGCCCAAGUAGGACAGGAUGCUGUGGGUGGCCAGCGCAUCUGCGGUCUCCGAGCAGCGUCAUACCUCCAUCAUUUUAUAUUUGCAAGUGCAUUUUGUAGAGGAUUACACUGGCCAAAAUUUAUAUAUCUUGUAAGAAAUUCCUUUUGUGACGGUCUAUCUCAGUGACUGUCUGAUGCAAAACAGAUGUGCUGUGUGCGUCAUUCCACCCGAGUGACCGCUCUUUCAUCAUCCACGUCGAACCACGCCUUAGCUAAUUGAAUAUAAUCUUUGUAAAAUAAUUUUCUACAGAGCUGUUUUCCAGUGAGCUGAAGACUUCUCGCAUUUCCUGUGUAUCACUAUUAUUUUCUGACUUUCUCCUGAAAUGUCUCGAAUGAGCGUCAGGCCCUGCAUACCAAGCUCCCAGGGGUAACACUUGUUCAUUUUGUGUUCCUGCCGGGAGAGUCCUUUUGCUUGCGUUCUCUGGAACCCCAGUCCUCUGUGUCAGGUAUGCCCGAGGGACUUGUUCCUGUCACCUCUGUCUGCCUGCUGCCAUGUUGUCAGUCAGUUUGGAAGUUCUGGGCAUGCUGCCAUUUCAUUCCGUGCUGAGUUUUCCUCAACAGUCUCUCUUUUGUUGUUGUUGCAUUAGCACAAAACAGCUAAAGGAAGAUAUCUUCAUGUUCUAAUUCAUUUACAGUUCUCGUAUGAAAUUUCUGAAAUUGAACUUUAGAGAUGAACUAUUAUUCACCGAGGCACAGUGAGUCGCUGAGAACUGGUAGAUGUAAGAGGUGGCCAUUUCAUCCGUCCCUCCCUGCCCAAGUCUGUAGGACUGAACAGUGAGAUGACAGUUGUUUGCUCUUAUCCUCAUUCUGUACUCUUGAGGAGAAAUAAAUUGUUAACAGUCAGCUUAAAGAAAGCACUUCACAGUAGGGGAGAGAUGAGAGGCGUCUGCACAGGUUACCUGGGCUCUUCAUUUUGUUGAGUUUUGCUGCUUUGUUGAGGGAUGGGGCUUUUAAAAAGGAAGACGUGUUUAAAGUUAAUUUUUUCCAACUUUGUAUUAUGAAAAAAUUCCAGCAAAAAAGAAAAUGUAGUUGAAGUAUAAACACACACACACCCAUACACACCCAUACAUGCACAUCCACACACACAUGGAUUUUUUAAAAAAAGCAAACUGCCAUUUUUUAAACAAAGGUGACUGUUUCUGUUUCUCUGGACAAGUGUCCAGCUGCAGAAUGUUCCUUGCACAGACACAGCAGUGUCCUGUGUCAGAGAGCCCCCGAGUUUCAGCAGACUCCUUCCGUUCACCAUGGGUUCCCUGGGAGGAGGUCUCCGCAGAAACCUCUCUUGGUGCUGGGUUCCCCCUUCCGUCCGCCUAGCCUCUGCUGUUCUCUUAGUUGGCACAUCACUGGGCAGGCCAUUGUGAACCUGCCCUGGAAGGACUUUAUUCCAGCCUCUGUUGAGUUAGACACGUCCUCAGGACUCUGAAAAAUAAAACUCAGACCGUGUGGCUGGCGCCACGGCUCACUAGGCUAAUCCUCCACCUAGCGGUGCCGGCACACCGGGUUCUAGUCCCGGUCGGGGUGCCAGAUUCUGUCCCGGUUGCCCCUCUUCCAGGCCAGCUCUCUGCUGUGGCCCGGGAGUGCAGUGGAGGAUGGCCCAAGUGCGUGGGCCCUGCACCCCAUGGGAGACCAGGAGAAGUACCUGGCUCCUGCCAUCGGAUCAGCGCGGUGCGCCGGCCGUAGCGCACCGGCUGCAGCGGCCAUUGGAGGGUGAACCAACGGCAAAGGAAGACCUUUCUCUCUGUCUCUCUCUCACUGUCCACUCUGCCUGUCAAAAAAAAAAAAAAAGAAAAAAAAAAACAACUCAGACUGUGGAUAACGUGUGGUAGCUUUGUCAUGGAAAGAGGCAGCAAGUUACAGUGACGCCAUCUUUAGUUAUUUUUUUUCCUCAAUGAAUUGGUUCAUGUGCUUUAAAAAGAUUUUUAUUAUUAAUUUAGGAAAGAAAAGCUCAGACUUUUUAAAAAGGUGUAUAUUGUCCCAUUAUAAGAUGGAACUGGAAGGAUUAAAUAUGUAAGCUCACUAUCUUAUAUUAAUCACUGAAAUUAGAUAUUGUACAAUUUAUAAUCCAUAGGAAAUUAUUAGAGUUUAUGGCAUUUUUUGGAAAAUUUAUUUAUUUAUUUGAAGGUCAGAGAGGGAGAUUCUCCGUCUGCUAAUUCACUUCUCCAGGUAGCCAUAACAGCCAGGGCUGGCUGGCAAGGCUAUCCCCAGGAGCCAGGAGCUUCAUCUGGGUCUCCCACAUUGGGCGAUCUUCCACUGCUCUUCCCAGGUCAUCAGCAGGGAACUGGAUUGAAAGUGGAGUAGCAGGGACUCGAACCGGUGCCCACUUGGGAUGCCAGCAUCACAGGGGGUGACUCUACUUGCUGCACCUCCACACCACCCCCCAGAGCUUGUUUUUGAUGAGCCCUACCCAGUCGCUCUUUAAGAGAAUUAGCUGAGGGGCUGGUGCAAUGGCGUAGCUGGUAAAGCUGCCGCCUGCAGUGCCGGCAUCCCAUAUGGGCACCGGUUCAGGUCUCAGCUGCUCCACUUCUGAUCCAGCUCUCUGCUGUGGCCUGGGAAAGCAGUAGAAGAUGGCCCAAGUCCUUGGGCCCCUGCACCCUUGUGGGAGACAUGAAGGAAGCUCGUGGCUUCGGAUCAGCGCAGCUCCAGACGUUGCAGCCAAUUGGGGAGUGAACCCACUGGAUGGAAGAUCUCUCUCUCUCUCUCCCAUUCCUUCUCUCUCUGUAACUCUGAUUUUCAAAUAAAUAAAUCUUUUUUUUUUUUUUAAGAGAGAGCAUAUUAGGUGAAACCCAAACCUUAGGGCCUGUGUUUUUAUAUUUGCUUUUUAAGGCCUGUCUGUGCAAAUGGUUGCUUUUUAACUGUGAAGACUGUGAUUUUAAGGUAUGCAGCUGAGUGAUCCUAAUAUCUACAUAAACAUUUUUUGUUUUCAUGGAGACUGAGGGAGGGGCAUGGAUUAAACAGUUUUGUGCUGUUCCAGACUGCCUAUUAAAAAUGGAUAUAGCAAAGCAUGAAAGAAUAAAAUGAGGGGGAGAGGAGAGCAAAGCUGUUGAAUAGACCCCAGAAUUCUGCUCCUGUCCUGGUUUCGUUGACUGCUUUAGUUUGCAUUUUGUUGGCUGGAAUCGUUCUUUAAGUCAGAAGCCUUCCUGGUUCUCACUGUUGCUUGCUCAGGAAAACCCAAGCCUGCUUGGCUGUCUUUCCUGAUGGGAUCGACUUUAAAAAUAUUCCGAGUAGGUUUCCUCUGCUGCAAGUACUGCUGAUGAGAGGACUGACUUCACCUCUCUGUUCCGGAGAAGGCUCGUGGGUGACACAGGCCGGAGCUGUAGUCGCAGCUAGCUUUGACUGUUACCAGGAAGGGGGUGAAAUGGGUUCAUUUUGACCAACGUCACAGAAGAGCCAAAAACUACCAUUGAGUUUGUGGAAACUCCUGUAGGCCCGCCUCCCUGUAAUGUGUAUGCCGUGGCCACAUAGCAGUAAAUGGAGUGUAUCAGUUUUCUCCUGUUGACAGCUGUCAUUCAGAGUUUGUCCUGGAGCUAGCAGGUGCCCACUGGCCCCUUCACCUAGUUUCUUUCCAUGUGGCCAAAAGUGUGGAAUGCCUAGAAACCUGAAUCUGCUGGAAGGGGAAAGCACCUUCCCUCCAGGAUCCCAUUGGUUGAAAAUAAUUAGAAAGUGAGUUUCUGUUGGAAGGAAGGUAAUUUCAUUUGGUUGUUGUUGGGAGGGAUAGCUAGGUAAGGGACUGGUGUUCUUUCUAGAGACCAAGUCAUUGUAUUCCGUGUGUAUUGGACUGUGCUCCGGGAGUCAUGAUGCACGCUUCUUUGGGAAUGUAAGGAGGGAAUAGGUGUCUAAAGCCAGUCACUCUCUGGGUACCUUCUUUCCACUGUCCCAAGUUCCCUUUGUUCCUGGUGGCCCUCCUUGUUCCUGGUGGCCUCUCUUCUGGGAAGGGGAGGAGGCACUCACUUUGUGUCUGGUGAUGGUUGGUGGCAGCCACACCCACCCAGCACCUGUUGACAUCCCAGCUAUUUAGGUUAAGGUAGCCAGCUGUUGUGACCCCAAGGGUUAGAGAAACUGCAAAGCCUUGUGUGUCCAGAUCAGAAACCCUCUGAAGUGUUUCGGUGUCCCUGCUUUGAACCAGGAAGGCCACACAAAGCCCUUCCUGGUUGACUCCCUUGUGCCUAAGCUAAGAAAACACAGCCGCCUAAAGCCUGCAAUGACUCCUUUACAAAUAGUCGUUCCUCAUGGACCAAGUCCAGAGGCGAGACAUUGGCUUUGAAGUUAUGGGUCCUAAUCACCGUGCCCUCGAAACCUAGAGAUGCAGCCGCCUUCUUAAACUCCUCAGCGAGCUGUCGUUUCAAGUUGCUGGUUUUGGCUUAUCUGGGGGGUAAAAGAACUGUGAGAAUGACUUUCAGGGCACAAGGUGUGUUUUCUGAAGUUCUGACGUUUGGGUUGAUAGGUCAUCGUACAGAGCGUUACCGAAGAUUUGCAGUCAGUUUAAGGGACCUCUUCCUGAACUCUACCACUCAGGGUCAAAAUGCCUACUCUGCAGCGCUCUUUGUUUUUGAUUAUUACAAUUGAUUCUAAGUCCAGGCUGAGAAUCACCUGGAAAAUAUUAUCUUAAUUCCUUCUCUCAUGUCCUCAACAGUACAUUUUACUAAGAAAAUCCGUAUUAUAAGGAUCACCUGUGACCUUCUCCGAGCUUAUUGUCUUGUAAGUGAAUUAUCUUUCACUUGACGAAGCUGAAUGAUUUCUGUUUUGCUGUAUGAGCGCGCGAGUGCAGAUCGGAGGAAGCAGUCUUGUAACCAGGACUUCGGUGUUCCCAUUUCCCUUUACGAACGAUGGGAAGUGAUUUGAAAUUCCCAGCAGUAAGCCGCUCUGGAAUCAAAGUGAUGGACAGAAAAACCAGACUUUGGGUAAUUAGAACAGAGGGAGGAGCUUGAAGGUCGUCUCAGUGACCCUGGGCCAACGAACCUCUGUUUCCAAAGGGCCUGCUGUGGCGCCACGGCCGCAGAUCUGUCCGGGAAUGGAAAGAAGAUCGUGGCUGGCGCCGCGGCUCACUAGGCUAAUCCUCCGCCUGUGGUGCCGGCACACCGGGUUCUAGUCCCGGUUGGGGCACUGGAUUCUGUCCCAGUUGCCCCUGUUCCAGGCCAGCUCUCUGCUGUGGCCAGAGAGUGCAAUGGAGGAUGGCCCAAGUGCUUGGGCCCUGCACCCCAUGGGAGACCAGGAGAAGCACCUGGCUCCUGGCUUCGGAUCAGCGUGGUGCACCGGCCAUAGUGCGCCGGCCGCGGCGGCCAUUGGAGGGUGAACCAAUGGCAAAGGAAGACCUUUCUCUCUGUCUCUCUCUCUCACUGUCCACUCUGCCUGUCAAAAAAAAAAAAAAAAAAAAAGAUCGUGUGGUCUUGGUAAGUAUUUCAGCGGUGGGAAGCCCUGAGAGUGUUCUUUCCUCGCUGAUGUCUGCUUCCUGCCUGAUGCUGAUGCCAUAAAAGGAUCUGGAGGGGAAAUGGUGUCACCGUCUUGUUCUUUUUUUUUUCCUUCUAAAAAACACAAGUAUCCAGUGACUUGUUGUGCUUGUUCCCAAUCAUGAGAAAUGCUGUCAGCAGCUACGAUUUCUAAGUCCAGAGCUCUGUACCAAAUUGUUACUGAAUUCUUAUAUCCUGCAGAGUGGUUUUCCUUUUAAAAUCCCUAUUUAUAACCCUGUGGCAUUGACUAUGUUACUGUGGUACACUGAUGACCCUGGGCUGCGGUUCUUGUGGUUUUCUAUCAUGUAACAGUUUUGUGAUGCUUUUGUGCAUUCUUUGUCGUCUCUUCGAGUUUUGAAAUCUGUCAUAAAUAAACUUUUUCACUAUGCACCUGAAA